CCGCGGACGAGAACAUGAGGGCGGCGCCAAUCGUCCUCCAAUGCAAACAAGAGAAGACUCGUCCCCUCGUCAGGCAGGAGUUACAGAGGGAGUAGACCAAGAUCAUGAACAUCGAAGCUAUCAUCAGGGUCAACAACAGCAACGUCCACCCGGUAAUCCUGUUGUUCAACCUCCGCAUACAACACCUGCCGCAUACAACAACUACAAUACCAUGGGAGCAGUAGAGGACAGUACAACCGCAUUUUCUUUUCGUGACGUGCAUGCUGAGCUAGGAAUGGCACAAACUCAUCUGUACUACUGUCCGCGAACAAGUGCUACCUACCACGAGUACGCAACUCGCGAUGGUCUAGCGCGUGCGAGAUACUACAUCUACCCUCCGGAUCUGCAAGUAGACCCCGAAAAAAAUCGAGAGGACCACACCAACGAUAGAAGACGUCACCUGCUACAUCUUCAGGAAGAACAUGAAGACCACCUUCGUCAAGACCGUCAUCAAGAGCAACAAGAAAGUCGAGGGCAUCAUCAGCAUCAUCAAGUACCAGAGGAAGAUGAUCAGAAUCGACCACGUCCUCAAUACACCACAGUGGGCAAAGAGUGCAUGAAACUCGAUGCUCUAGAACCAUUACCCGAAGGCGUUCACCUCGAUGCUGCGAAGAAACAGUUCUGGCGCAGUAGGGAAGCGGCGUUAAAAGACUGUCGUGAGGAUGUGAACACGGUCGUGCUGACCUUUCUGCGUGGUCUAGACUUGCUGGAAUAUUUGAUGUCCGAGGUCGACUUGCACAACCACAACAUCUUGGCUGAGAUCAACUUUUACAGGCAUCAAGUGAAC